AUGGCACAUCGUGAUCGACUGUCUGUAUUAGAGGCGGGAUCCGCCGCUAAGACACAUCGUACGCAAGAGUUCUUGAGAUCCCCUAAUGCCGUUAACCAUCGCAAUUACACCGCAGUAGCAUCCAGAGACCUUGAUGCAUUCAAUGAAACAUACCCUGAGAAAUGGUUGACCUGGCUGAUCGACCAUACUGUUCAAGUUCCUUACCAGCUUUACCAGAUUGAGACACUUUUGCCAGCCGGUCAACAACAGCCACCUCCUCCGAUAGAGAACAGCUCAGGAGAAGCAAUAAAGGGUCGCGGGGGACGUCUACUCCGCCAGGUCUGGCUCCCUCGACAGAUCAAAACAGAUGAGGCUGACUGGGUCCUGGUCGCGUUGCAAGAUCUAGAUUGGCGCAUUGAGCCGACAGAUAUCUGUGAUCGCAUGUAUCGCAGACCCGACAUGGACAGCGUGGCCGAAGACGAAAGAGUGCAACGCUCAGUGAGCCAGAAGAUCUGGGACUGUCGAGCUUCUCUUCAUAAACUAACAAUCCACGCGAAUCGUUCAGUUCGCCCCAACUUGCCGGCGCGGUCAGAGCUGGAAGUGAUCGAUAUGUAUCCAGCGGUUAACAUCAAGUAUAAUUUCAUAGGGAACGAUGUUGGGAACGGAUUGUUCACACCGUUUCCCGACGGACCGCUAUAUCGGUAUCCAAAUCCUAGCGGUCAGAUCAGCGACAGAAUGAUGGACAUUGUCCGAGAGCUCGAGGCGGCGAGAGGCUGGGCGCACCAUGGAGGAUAUCAGCACUGGCAAGACCUUCCCAUCUACCCGGGGAACCACACGCCGGGUCGCAUCUGCAAAGAGAGAGAUGCAGGAUUUAUCGAUGUUGUGGAGGAGGAUGCUACUACUGAUGGGAGUGGACGACGCUAA